AUGGACUAUCAGCGGCAGCUGCUUGAAGAGCUUAUGGCUCCCUUCGAAACUAAAUCGAAAUAUAAUUUCUGGGAUGAUGCUGUCUGCAAAAACUUCUUGGUGCAGUUUUGCCCUAAUUCCCUUUUUACAAAUACAAAGUCAGAUCUCGGUCCUUGUACAAAAGUUCACGAUGAAAAACUGCGCAAACAAUACCAAGAAGCUGCCGACAAGAACAAGUAUGGAUAUGAGAUUAAAUUUUAUGACCAUUUGCAAGGUCUCUGUAAUGAAUUGGAUAAGAAAAUUCGCAAGGGCAAUGAACGUUUGAGUGUCCGUCCAGACGACUCGCUUUUAAAUCCUAAUAAAGAUGAAAAGGAGGAAAAAAUGGUGAUCUUGGACGAGAAAAUCAAAGACUUGCUAUCAAAGAUUGAGGCAGCCGGAGAGGAAGGACGUGUUCAGGAAGCUCAAAGUCUGACGAAAGAAGUGGAGGCGGCCCAGAAGGAGUUGGAGUACUUACGAAACAACGAUGAUUCAAAUCCAUUGUUCAAGCAAGAACGACGAAUGCUAGUAUGUGAUGUAUGCGGUGCAUUUCUAGUAACAAACGAUACAUCUAACCGUUUGGAAGCGCAUUGGUCGGGGAAGCAGCACACGGGCUAUAAGCAGAUUCGAGAAACGUUAGAAGAAUGGAAGAAAUCACGUAAUGCAUUGCGUGAUUCAGGUCAUAGAGACUAUCGACGAGAACAUCAUCGUCACGAACCAUAUUCACGAAAUUAUAGAAAGGAUAGAUACAAAGACAGGGACGCCCGACGAGAUGAACGAGAUUAUGACCGUGACCAGGAUAAUGAACGACGAAGUAGCAGGGAUUAUCGUCGUGAUAGAGAAGAUAGAGGUCGUAAAUAUCGGGAGGACUAG